GCUAUUUAAAUUGAACGUUGAACCGGUUUUUGCGAUAAUUACCGCUGUUCGUCGCAACUCGAUAGCCAGACAAGAUCUCAAAUUUGAUUUACCGUUAAGCUCUGUUGCCCAAAACCGAAAUCACCAGUAUCAUUUUGGUCGGCAAGUCGGUAGCUUUGAAAAUAAGUAAACCAUGAAUAACUCCCGCAUUCUGAGGACAACAAAUGUCCUACUAUUACUUAUCGGUUAUCAAAGGCAUUGGUUUGAAAAGAAGUCGCAUCGAUUCCGAGUGUCCCUGCCCAGUGUAGUUUACAUAUUUGUCCUCGGAGUUCUUUAUGCUGCGUGCUUCUCCCAGCAUUUUGAUAAGACUUCAUCUACACUUAAUGUUUUGAAAGAAAUAUCACCCUUUUUAUUUGGAUUAAUCAGGGUGCAGCUUGCUUUGGGAGCAAAAGCAUUCGCUUAUGCCAUAUAUUCUUCGGUGAAAUCUGUGGGCGCACUUAACUCCCUGUUGAAAGCUCUGCCAACUAGGAAUUCUGAAUUCAACAAAGACGAAGCCUUGGCCUACCUUUUACUGACUUCAACCUUUGGUAUACUCUUCUGUUUCGCGGCCUACAUAGCAUAUGAAAUGAAGUUCGAGCUACCCCCUCUGCCAGAUGCUAUGCUUGGGAUGGCUCUAUUCUUGCCGCAUCUAAUUUUAGCCGGGUCAGUAAGAUUGUACACAGUUCUCUCGUGGUUGAGUAGAGGACAGCUAAAAGAGCUUAAGAAAAAUGCCGAAGAGGAGUUAAGGGCUAAUUUGACGAAGGAGCCGGCGAAUAUUGCUUCCGCCUUAUUUACGGUUUCCACGGAAAGCUUGGAAAAUUUAAAGACAAAACUAGAGAUUCUGGAAGCCAAUUUUUGCAUUUUCGCCCAGUCGUUAAGACAUUCUAUGGUGUUUCUUUUUGCAAUGCACGCAAACUGCCUUUUGGGAGGAUUCUAUACCCUUACGUACUACUGGAAUACUUGGUACGUUUUAUUCGAGGAUCGCAAGAGAAGAAUCUUUUAUGCCGCAAAUGCCUCCAUAUAUGCCUGUAUUGCCAGUGAUUACAUCGGCCUGAUGGUUGUUUUGUUUAUGAUGAACAUCGAGCGGCGAAACUUUAUUGAGGCUAUAGAUUUAUUGCUGGCCCAGAGGAAAUUAUUUUCAAAAAAAUUGCGACCUAUCGCCAAAGAUUUAAGGGGCGUUCUUAAAAUGAAAUGUUUUAAAUUUCAGCCAAAUAUUAUUUACAUCAGUUUGGUAAGUUUUUACGAUUUGAUCGAGAAUAGCUUUCUUAGGAGCUACUUACAGAUGGUAUGCCUUCAAAUCAUAAUAAUAACAUUGAUUGUGACUGUUCAUUAUCUAAGAGACGAAAUUUUGUUGCUAAAGGAAGAGCUCAGCAGCACCGACGACACUUAAUAAGAUAUUGUUUACACUUAGUGGACGGUCUGUAAGUACAAUAUAUCAAGGCUUUAAUGAAGUGCUACCUAUAUAUAUAUAUAUAUAGAAUACAUACAUAUUCACAUUUUUGUCUUCGUUUUGCCUCCAUCCCACUUCGGUAAGUUCAUAUUAAUUACCAUCAUAUGCAAACUUAAUCCAUAAAUUCAUUUGCUUGCCAGAUUGAAACAGGAUGGAACAACAAAUCAGUAUUAAGUUGCUAAUAAAAUGGUUCAAAGAGUAAUAUGUGCGACUUCGCUAGAGAUGAGCAAAAUCCUGGAAAGUACAGCAGGCUUCUGAAUAAAUUGACCACUGAAAAGUCGGAGGCGGAAUUGAGUUUUAGUAUUGCAUAUUAUCGAGUAUUUUUGUUUUGAUUGGAUUUCUGAAGAUUGGAACUUACUUAAAACAGCAU